AUGGCCUCCACACUCGACGGCAUCAAGGCCGCGCUCGAGCAGAUUGUCCGCGACCCCAAGUACCACGACGUCCUCUCCCUCGUCAAGACAGCCCGCAAUGGCGCCGUGUAUGGGACCAAAGUGCGCUUCCCCCAUGCGCUGGUCAUGAUCUUUCUUUUCCGAUCGGGAACCUUUCGACAAAAAGUCGGCCUCGUGCUGCGCGCGACGAGACACCACGCCUCCAACCUCGCCCGCUUCGCCAGUAUAUACAAGCUCACCAUGAUGGCCCUGAAGCGAUUCGGUCCCACACCCGGCAAGGAAGGCCCCUACGACUCCUUCUUCGCCGGCCUCCUGGGCGGCUACUUUGUCUUUGGCGGCCGCUCCCCGCGCACGGGCAAGAUCUCCUCGGUCAACCAGCAGAUUGUCAUCUACAUCUUUGCCCGCGUCGCCCUCGCGCUCGCCCGCAUCGCCGUCAAGCCGGGCCACGGCCUGCCCCUCGUCUCGGCCGAGCCGCUGCACUCCAGGAUCAACUACUACGCCUGGCCGGCGUUUGCCAGUCUCAGCUGGGGCGCCGUCAUGCUGCUGUUCAAGCACCACCCCGAGGACCUGCAGUCGAGCCUGCGCAGCAGCAUGACGUACAUUUACAAGGACUGCGACAGCUGGGAUGACCUGCGCACGUUGGUGUGGCACAACAAAUAG